CCCAUUCAUCUGCUGCCUCUGGGGCUUCUCUUCUGCAUGAAGGUGUAAAGGUAGAUUUUCCUCUUUUCUCCCUCAAACUGAAGAGCACAUAUGUAAAUCCUUGUUUUUCCUUGUGAGGCAGGGGAGGCCAUAGCCACAAUGCUUCACUGCAUGCAUCUAACCCGGGGCUGGUUUUAACCCUGGCGCUCUGACCUAAGCUGCUCAGCUCCCGGAAAUUCCAAGGAACCCGGUGGCCUUAGUCCUUCAGGUGGAACAGCGUGAGACAUGGGAAAGAAAACCAAGCGGACAGCUGACAGUUCUUCUUCAGAGGAUGAGGAGGAGUACGUCGUGGAGAAGGUGCUAGACAGGCGUGUGGUUAAGGGGCAAGUGGAGUAUCUACUGAAGUGGAAAGGCUUUUCCGAGGAGCACAAUACUUGGGAACCCGAGAAAAACUUGGAUUGCCCUGAGCUAAUUUCUGAGUUUAUGAAAAAGUAUAAGAAGAUGAAGGAGGGUGAAAAUAACAAACCCAGGGAGAAGUCAGAAGGUAACAAGAGGAAAUCCAAUUUCUCAAACAGUGCUGAUGAUAUCAAAUCCAAAAAAAAGAGAGAGCAGAGCAAUGAUAUCGCUCGGGGCUUUGAGAGAGGAUUGGAACCAGAAAAGAUCAUUGGGGCGACAGAUUCCUGUGGCGAUUUAAUGUUCCUAAUGAAAUGGAAAGACACAGAUGAAGCAGACCUGGUUCUUGCAAAAGAAGCUAAUGUUAAAUGUCCACAAAUUGUGAUAGCAUUUUAUGAAGAGAGACUGACGUGGCAUGCAUAUCCUGAGGAUGCGGAAAACAAAGAGAAAGAAACAGCAAAGAGCUAAAGGAGGGGGUGGUCUCUGCCAUUUCUCUUUGUACAUAAUACAUUCACCUCCCUGCCUCCUCUCCCUCUACCCACCCCCUUCUAUCCUGAACACAUCCAUAAAAAAUGUGCUUAUCACUGUGCUCCACAGGAGAAAUGUCGGUAUUGGUUCUCUUGUAACAUAACUGACGGUCUGAUUCAUGAUAGGUGUCUCUCUGUGAAGACCAGGCAUUUACAUACUGUGUGUUAAUUCUCACCAGUUUUUCCUUUGCCCUGCUCUCUUCCUUCUGCUCCCCUGUGACCUCAAGAUGAGUUAUAACUUUUUAAUCACCUUAGAGUCUUGAUCUUUUCAGGGUUGGUCGCUUUUUAGUGGGGGAUUUUGCUAUAAUGAUGAUGAAUUUUGGUUUCUUUCUUUGGCUGUUGGAACAUGUUGAUGACCAGCUAGGCUUUGUUUUGAGAUGUUGGGUUGGAAAAGAUGUUGCCCAUCUUUUUAAAAAGCCAAUAGCAACUGCCUACGUGUUGGGGCUUCCCCAGCCUCAUUCAGCUGUACCCAGGAGAAUACAGGGUUCCUCGUGUGGUCUUCUGGGCCACCCUCUGUUGUUCAUCCUCACCCAUCCUCCCAGAAUAGCUCCAUCCUUUGGAGGGCUUGAAAUUUUACAUUCCGAUUUGUCAAGGCACUCCUUUUAGCCCCAGGACUUUUGGCCUCAUCUCUUAGCAAUCCCUGAUUCUGCUUCUGCAAGUUCGUGUAGUCUGUCAUAAAAUGACAAGAUUAUUGACUGUGGAGAUUUGUAGCUAUUAGUACAUGAGGAUGACGGGGUAGGAUACAAUUGUCUUUAUGAUCACAUACGGUAUAUAUUAUUUACUUCCAUCCCUCCCAUUUGGAUUAUCUAUUUAUGUAGGUGUGAGUGACUGCCUGGUGCUUGCUUGUGCCAAGGUGCUAGGCACCCUCCAGCCCUGCCAACUUUUGUGGCCUCCCAAAGCAUUCCUGUUACCAAAGAGGCUUCAAACCUCACCCUCACUUCUCAGUGGACCCAAGUUUCCCUCCAUGCCAUUAUUUUCAGUGGGGAAUUCUUAGAGGGGAGCCAUUGGCCACAGUAUCAAUUUUAAGUAUUCAUAGUGUUUAUAAUCAUAAAUGUCCUGCUUUGAUGACUCCUGGAUUUGCCACCAAGAGUCCCCAAAGUAUUAAUGCUCUUCCCUUUCUCCACCCUCAAACUCUUAGUUGUAUCUUUUUUUUUUUUAAAUGCAUUUCCAUGGAAGACUAUCAACCUCAGAGAGUGACAGGCCCCGGCAGUAGCGUGUUGACACGACCUCUCCCUACUCAGCAAAAUACUUCCCUUUUGGCUUCUUCCUGCUUUACCAUUAUAUUGAGAGAUUAUUUUUCUGAUUAUAUCCUCUGCCUUUGUUCCCCAAGAAACACCCUACUUCCCGUUACCCUUUUUUUCUUGUAGUUGAAGGGGGCUAGAGAAUCAAGACUAAAAGUAAAGAAAUAGCAGGGUUUUGAGCAUCCUUGUCCCAGCCCGAAGCUGAGGAGAUAAGAAUAAAUGCUUGAAAUAGCCUUAACUCUAGAGUUCACCAGCCAUUGAGGUUUUUGUGGUUGCUUUUGAUUUUUAAAACAUAUAUAGCUGUCUGGCAAGGAGCAUUCAACCAUUUCUAGAUUAUUCAGAGUAACGAGGGGAAUGGAGAGGUUGCUCCAGUCCACAGAUGAGCCGAAUAAUAUGCAAAUCAUAUACCCAUUCAUAGCAUUUGUUAACAUUGCUUCCCUGCUCAGCUGCUGAUUGAGUUCUGUGUGGUUGUAUAAAUUAUGUCAAAAAUUAUACUGCACGGUUGAGAAGACAGCUGUUGCUGCAGUGACAUGACAGACUGGAACAAUGGAGCUUUUGGUUUCAGCCAUCCAGGAAAACCCUUCUGAAUGGUAAUGUGAUUGGGUGAGAACGAAUAACCCAUACCUCAGGUGGGUAGGGGUUUUAUCUCCAUCUUCCUUAACUCUGAAGGAAUUAAAGGCCUAGGUCAAGUGCUGGAUAGUUGACAGUCGUUAGUACUUAAUCUGAUGGGCAUCUGAAAGAAAGGAUAGUCAGAAAAGAGAUUUUUCAUACAAGUAACUAAGGAUAUCAAUUAGUGUAUACCAGAAUAGGACAGAAGUAGGCCAGAGCCACUGAGGAGGUGAUCCGGGUCUUUUAAGUUGGCAGGUGGAGAAAAUGACAGCUUAUCCAUGUAGCCAGAGUGUGUCUCCCAGGAGCAGUGGGUAUGUAAGCAAAGUACAGUGACCAUAUUUUUAGAGCCCAAAUCUAGCCUGUGGACAAAGAACACAACCAAAUUAUUUGGUACUAAGACUGGUCUUGAGAAACAUGGGACACAUGGUUGCCAGGGUUGUAGGUAAUACGUAAGGCAUUCAUCAAAAUCUGAUUUCUUUUAACAAAAAACCCCCAGUAUCGUCUACUGCUCAUCACCCCUUUAAUACUUCAGUCUUCGCUCCAUUCAUCUUUUUCUGUCCACAGUUUACUGAAUCAUGGUCUUGUACUGAGUGCUGCCCAAACAACUUGUUCUCUCCCUGCCUACCCACUGCUACUUCUGUAGGAACGGAGGGAGCCAGAGGCCAAUACUGAUCUCAGCCCUCAGCAGAAAGGAGACGGAUGCUUGCCUGUUCUUCUGGCAUUUGUUAGUGCUGAGUAGCUGUCCAGGCCCUUGGAGGAUUGCAGCCUCAAAGAGAAACCUGCUUUCCUGGGGCUUUCUCCUCUCAGAAGAGUCAGUGGCCCUGGGCUAAGCACUCUUAAACAUCUAGGUCUCAGGUGCUCAAAGUAUAUUUUUCUUAUGUUAAGUCCUCUUUCAAAACAUCUUUCUAAUGCUGAAUUUUUUCUUGAAAUCAGCAUUCAAGGAUUUCUUUUUCCAGAGAAUGUAGCAGAGCUUUGACCAGCAGAGUCUACCAAGGUCAGCAUAGCUGCUUUUCUGAGCCGUGGGCUGGGCGGAUCCCCUCACAUUAAGAUCAGCUGUUAGAGAACGUCAGCCCUGAUGGAAGCACCCAUUUUUAACCUGGAGAGAGCCGUAUCAUUUUUCCUCCUGCAGUCCAGUUUUCAUCUGCUCAAGGGAGCAUUUGGACCUGUGGUGUUCCUUAAUGCUCGAAAGUCUAUGGUCCUUGGCUGGCCCCCAGCCGUAUAUCCGUACUACUUUUUUUUGUUGAAGAAAAUUUGGUCUUUUUCCUGUAGUUCCUGCAGUUUUAGAUUCUUCUUAACUCUUCGUACUUGUGCUGUAGCCUCCCUGCAAUCCAAUUUCCUUAUCUUUAGGCCACAUCCUUUGGCCUCAGGGAAGGUGCCUGUGAUUUUCAUCUUGUGGUUUUGUCUAAUCUGUGUGUAGCCCAGCUUACCUAAGGUACAGUGACGGAUCCGUGUUUGGGCUGGGGAGUGAUUGUUUUUGCCUUUAGGGUUCAAAUUUGAGGGCCUAAAAUAAGUUUGCAGUGACCUGAGAACUUCAGGAAGGGUUAUAUCAUUAGAUUUGAAAUGUGGAAAUGGUUUCUCACAAAUUAGGUCAAAGGAAAAGCUCAUUUUGCACCCAUGACUCCAUCCUUUUGGUUUAGGUUUUUAGAGUGUUGAGAUCUGUACCUUUGUAAUUAGACCACCAAGCAAGCAUACCUGUGUCAGGUCAGAGAGAGGAAAGGUCUGGACCCAGUGUAUUUGUUUCAUUUUGGCUUUACCACUAAUCAUAAAAGUUAUGUUUUCAAAAAUAGAGAUGUUACCAGCCUUGCCCCCAAGAACACAUGCUCGGAAUUGCCCGCCCCCCAGAUUAAUCAUGGUGGAUUUCUAUCGCGCCAUCCACAUUCCAGCCGCCUUAGUGAACAUCAACAUGUAUUUCAUUCAACGGACAUUUUUUGGCCCUGGGAAUACCAAGUUCAAAAAGAUGCAGUCCCUGACCUCAAAGAAUUUUCAUACAGGUGUGGGAUGAACUACUACCAGUUCAUUGUAAUAAAUGCUACAAAUGGGCA